AUGAUACCCUCUGAGAAGGUCGCAGGCGAUGAUGAAUUCAAAAAAGUGGGCAGAACAAGUGCAAAGCUGAAUACCAGCACUUUCGAAGAAUCGCUUCAAGAAAGAAGAUGCAUCGUCAGGAAAUCGAAGAUGUUCAAAACAUUGCAGAGCCAAUUGGAAGCAUUUUCGCUAAAAAUACGCCAGAUUAGAUGUCUAGCGAUCGGCAGCUUUUUCGAAGAAUUUGCGGCUCUAUACCAGCUGGCGCUACUUCUCGAGCUCGUCGAUUUUUUGAAUGCUAACAACGAAACAGCUGUUAAAGUAUCCAUAUAUGACCCAGUGUUCACAGAUGCUGAUAAAAAAUUCAUAGCAGACCAGGGGGAAACUUGGUCAAUUGUGGAAGAAAUAAGUCAGAACUCAGAAAGUGCAAUCGGUGUGCUAUUUUUCCUGCCUCAUGCCCCAUUGGACCUCACCGAAAACGUUUUGGCCCUCGAAAAGCCACAUAUCCUACUUGCCAACCAUGUCGCAAAACAUGUCGAUAGAUAUACCAAGGCGCAAUUGUUCAAUAAGUAUCCAAAACUUGCAAAACUGAAUCAAUUUCUGACCUCACAAAACCAACCAGUAGCAUCGGAUUUCCAGCCUUUCGUGUCUAAGCGCGCUCGUCGCAAACGUAAGAAUAACAUUACUGAAGAACCCAUCGAUUACGACUCGAUAGAAGCAUAUUUUGAAAAAGUCAACGUGCUCACGGACUUUGGCGGCGGCGAUCUUUUAGCCAACCAACCUUGGCUAAAUUCCUUCUCGGACUUGGCUCUGCACCAAAUCCAAUAA